UGUCCGUUACUAGUGUCGCCCAAGUGUGGUGGACUGAACAAGGAGCUGUCGUUUUCAACCUGGACUCCUCUGCCGAGCAAGAGUCGACGGAAACGCGGAUUCCGUUCGGCCAGGAACGAGGCAGCGAAUUGAAGUCCAUCCGAAUGACGGGACGGGAGGCGGCGAUUGGCUGGACCGGAUAGACGAGAUCGACCCGAAGAGUCGGACAAAACCACGGUAUGGGUCUGCCGCGUUUGUCGCCGAAGAGAUGCUUCCUCUACGUCUUCUGCUUGACCGGGAUGCUGCUGGUCAUCGCCAAUGUCCGGCAGAAGGAAAUCUGGCACACCAUGCGUCCGGACGUGGGACCCGUGCAAUCCGUUCGCGCAAUGCCGGACGGCUCCAAGAUGAAACUCGUUCGGUCCCCAAAACCGAAGAAGCCAACGACAAUAUUGCGAGCGCGGGAGAGAGCUCAGGGAAAGCGUCCGCCCGAGGCUUUGAAUAUGACGGGAAGCAUUGGUCUUAUGGAAAGUCCAGUGGAUCCAUUCGACCCAGCUACGAGACCUUGGUACAUGAGGGAUGGUACCAGAAGACCUUAUCCAGCAGCAAAAUGUCGCCACACAGGUAGAAGACUUGCCAGGUUAUGGCCCGAAGAAGAUUCCUACGAUGAUCGAGUGACCAAUCAGUUGAUGUUCAUUCCACCGGAUUAUAAUAGGACUUUGGCUCAGCAGAGGGUAAAGAAAAUUAUGGUCCCACAUGGUAUGCCCGAAGCCAGGCCUGGUUCUGACAUUUUUAUUCAGCAGUCUUGCCCCGUCAGCAGUUGUACCAUUAUUCGUGACAACCCUGACGAUGCGGAUUUGAUUUUAUUUAAGGACUAUGUCUCUAACGUCGGUCGCAGGCCACCGAAUCAGGUGUGGAUGCUGUAUUUUUUAGAAUGUCCCUAUCACACUCAGACUGUCAAGAGUGCAGUAGUCAACUGGACAGCAACUUACCGAAGGGACAGUGACAUCGUUGCCCCAUACGAAAGGUGGCAGUAUUACGAUCAUAGAGUCAUGCAAAUACCGCAAGCCAUGAAUUACGCUGCCAACAAGACGAAAAAGGUUGCUUGGUUCGUCUCAAAUUGUCAUCCGCGCAACCAGCGAAUGCAUUAUGCCAAGGAGUUGUCAAAAUAUAUCCAAGUGGACAUCUACGGUGCUUGCGGAUCUCUACGGUGUCCACGAUCCCAAUCGCAGGCUUGUUUUGACAUGCUGGAUGCCGAUUACAAAUUUUAUCUCGCUUUCGAGAACUCGAAUUGUAAGGACUACAUCACGGAGAAAUUUUUCGUCAACGGUUUGGGACACAACGUCCUGCCCAUAGUAAUGGGAGCUCAUCCCACGGAUUACGCGCGAAGUGCUCCUCAUCGUUCGUACAUCCACGUGGACGAGUUCGAGUCGCCCAAGGAACUCGCCGAAUAUCUUCAUCGCCUCGACAACGACGAUGCCCUCUACAAUUCGUACUUCAAGUGGAAAGGCACGGGCGAAUUCAUCAACACCUUCUUCUGGUGCAGAGUUUGCGCGAUGCUGCAUGACCCUCGGCCGCCAAAGUUUUAUAAAGACGUGAACGAGUGGUGGCGAGGCGACGGCGUCUGCACGCUAUCUUCUUGGAGAGAAAACGACGGAAGGGCGACCAACUCGAGGACGGUUUGAACCUCGCGGCAUCCUGGCUUUCGGGAAAGAGAACCAAAAAUCGAGAAAACCGGGAGCGAGAUUCACGGUGGAGGAGGAAAGGAGAUCUGUCGAGGUAAUAUUGGCGGAUCUCUUCUUUCCCCUUUUUACGUUCUACGGACGUAGCUCCGUCUUGGAUGUCCACGAAAGUUCAGCUGAAAUCCUCUGAUGGGUUUUUUCAACGUGAAGAGGAUACGAGGAAGUUAGCUCGCGCGAGUCAUCGAAAUUUCACCGACGACUCGCCGAGUGGAAGAAGCACGUAGGUCGAAAAUGAAGACGAUUGCGUCGCUUACUCUAGGUUUAGGUGUAAUCGUACUUAGAAAUCGUGCGUACUCGUCCAGCGCCGGAGAAAUUUCUCUCGAGGAAAUGAGUUCGGGCGACGAGGUGGCGAUUAUGUCAAACGCUGUGGUAUUCGUCGAGGCACUCUUGGGCGACUUAGGAAAAGUCGAAAUAUCGUCGGUUCGUUUGUCCCCGAGACGUUCGUUCCACUGAGAGAAGAGUCGACGUCUCCCUUCUCUGGAACCAACAAAUGCUGAUAUGCCUAGAUCGUAUUAAUUUUCUUCCGACAGUCCAGAUUUACUGAACGAACUCGUACUAAAUCUGACUUUUCUCUCAGUGCAGAUCCGCUGAAAUUCGGGAUGGAGAUUUGAGGUGACAUGAAAGAGCCAUUCUAUAUAUCAAAAUAAGAAAAAAUGUAUAAAACUUUUCUCCAAACUGAAUG